CUAACUUUGAGGUGUGAUUCCGAUCUCAUCGAUGGUCCAGUGACGGCGGUUGACGGGUUGUUCUACUCAUCAACAAUGUAUUACUAUCUCAGUAAGUAUAAUCUAAUUGUGGCACAGUGACUUCCAAAUGUUUGACAAAAGUCUGCAACCAAAAAGGUCAAAAAACCUUCCUUGCUUUCUCCCCUUGUGAGUUGUGUGGGUCACUCUCGCUCUCAUGGUCAGUAGUAGUAGGUGCACACUCAUAAAUGACCAAAACCAAAGCAAUCUCACUCUCCACCAUUUCCACCACUGUUGACAAAGAAAAAAACCUCUCAAUCACAAAAUGCCCAAACCUCAGCCGCAAUCCUUGUGCGCCCUUCUCCUGCUGCAUUUCCUGCUCUGCUCCUCAAUUCCAGAUCCAAAAUCCGGCGAAUUUGCCUGCGCGGGAAAGAUCGGCGAGUGCGCCGCGGCGGAGGAGGAGGUGAUGGAUUCAGAGAGCAAUCGGAGGGCAUUGCAGUUACGGCGGAGAUACAUCAGCUACGACACACUGAGACGAGACAUGGUGCCGUGCGAUCGGCCAGGAGCUUCGUAUUACAACUGCAAGGCCGCCGGCGUCGCCAAUUCCUACGGCAGAGGCUGCGAGAUCAUCACGAGAUGCGCCAGGGGAGAUUGAUGGAGCUAAUUUUUCUUUUCUUUUUUUUGCAGAGCGCUGUUUAUGGUAAAUUAUUUUUUUACCGACUUGCUUGUUUUUGGGAAAAUGUUAAUGUCAUUUGAUUUCAGAAUUUUGUCAAAUGCAAGUUUAUUGGAAUUCAGUUUAACUA